UGUGUUGGGUCAUUUGAUUGAUUUUCCAUAAAAAACGCACCUAACCAUACCCAUGACUCGGCUAGUGUGGAAUCCUGUGGAUCUCAUCAUCGACAAUUCGACACACAUGGUAAUGUGUCGUGUCAUGUUAUUUUUUCCGUGCAGAUUAUGUCGUAUUUAAAAAAAAAAACAUGUAAACACGACUAAUAUUCCACAAUCCACGCACAUUACCAUAUUAAUUAUCAUGCAUCGAUUGUGCUAAUUUUAUAUAAUUAUAUGUUAUAUCAUGUCAUGCUGUAUCGUGCCCUUGUUUCGGAGGCCAUUCCUUAAUAGGUUAUUGUCAUCCCUUUCAAAAAAAAAAAAAAAAAAAAAAGGUUAUUGUCAUUAUUCAUUAGGAGGCCAUACUCAAUAAUCAAACACAACCUUGAAGCAUUGAACAUAAUUAACUUCACUCUCCUCCUCACUAGUUUCUCAUUCCCGCCUAAACCAGGGAUUUCACUCUAAUCCCCAAUUUCUCCUGCGAAAACACCAAGUCGAAGAAUCCUCAAUUCAAGCUCGUCAACAAUGGCGGUUAUCAGUGAUUACAGUUCAAGCAAGAAAACCUUACAAGUUGAAGAACAAGUUGAAGGGGAACGUAUCGAAACUAAUGACUAUUUCUUCUGCAAAAUCGGCGAUUCUAUUCCUAUCAUGUCCGACGGCUCGAUUUUCGAUGCAAACAAUCCUCCUGCAAAACCCUUGGUUAUAUCUGAAAGUUCCGGUCUCAUAUUUGCUGCUCAUUCUACUGGAUUUUGUGUUGCGAACAUUACGGAUGUUAUUGCGGCGGCCAAGGAGAUUAAGGAUAAAGGAAGUGGUCCUUCUGUUCAGGAUUUGUGUGUUGUUGAUGUUCUUAUUGGUAGGGUUUCGAUACUGGCUCUUUCGACUGAAUGUUCGGUCAUCUCCGCGGUUGUUGAGGGGGAGAUUCAGUUCUUCUUUGUCGAUUCGCUUCUCAAUAUGGAUAAAAAACCUACAUUUUGCUCUUCUGUCGAAUCAAACCCUGUGAAGGACAUGUUUUGGAUCAAUGAGACAGAUCCUUCCUUUAUUGUCCUUACAUCUGGUGGGAAAGUUUUUAAUGGAGCUAUAAACAAGAGUCUAAAACAUGUGAUGGAUGAAGUUGAUGCUGUUGGAAGGAGUGUUGAUGGAAAUUUUGUUGCUGUCGGGAGAAAAAAAUACCUUACUAUAUAUUCUUCAAAAUUAGAAGAGAUUUUACAAGUUCUACUUCCAACAGAUACAUGGACUGACAAGAGUGACACUAUCAAAGUGGAUAGCAUCAAGUGGGUUCGCUCAGACAGUAUCGUGGUAGGAUGUUUUCAGCAGACUGAAGAUGGCAAGGAAGAAAAUUACUUCGUGCAAGUUAUCACGAGUAAAGCUGGAAAAAUCAUCGAUGAUUUUCCGAAGCUCGUUUCAGUGGACUUUAGCGAUCUUUUUACUGGCAUUCUUGAUGAUAUUGUGCCAUAUGGCUGUGGGCCGCAUCUUUUUUUGAAUUAUUUGGAAAAUUGUGAACUUGCUUUUGUUUCUAAUAGGAAGAAUACUGAUCAACAUAUCAUGUUGUUUGAUUGGUCGCAAGGUGACAACCAAGUAUCUGUGGUUGACAUUGAGAGAGAUAAUUGGCUGCCAAGAAUAGAACUUCAAGAAAAUGGGGAUGAAAACUUGGUCCUUGGGCUUUGUGCUGACAAAUCUUCAGUUUAUGAAAACGUGAAAGUCAAGAUCGGAGUUGAAGAGGAGAGAGAACUUCCACCGCAUUGCCUUCUUGUGUGUUUGACACUUGAAGGGAAGCUUGUUAUGUACAAUGUUGCAAGUAUUGCUGGGUCUCAACGCUCAAGUCAGGAUUUAUCUGUUGCUUCAUCUGAUGCGCAAAGCAUAUCUGUUGUUGAACCUUCAAAUGUUAGUAAAGCUCCUUUUCAAUCGGAGGAGGAAAGGUCUAAACAAUCUGUUUUUGAUUUGGGAUUAUGUGAAUCUGAUAAAAAGAAAAUUAGCUCUGCACUUGAUGUUCCUGUUAGCAAGGUUCAAGAGCUACCUGAGCAGAAGGCAUACACUCUUGGUAUUACUAAUUUUGAUCAGAACACCAGAAAGGAACUAAUUUCUGGAAGCAAUCAUCAGAAGGAGGUGGCAGAUGUCAACAACUCUAAGUCUUUUGGACAAUUGGGGCAGGCUGAAGAGGGAAAUUCAAAUCAGUCACCAUUUAAGAGCUUGCAUGGCUUAGGUUCUGCUGCUGGAAAUACUGUUGUAACUGAAAAUUGGAAGACUGAGUAUGGUGAGUUGAAUAGAACUCUAACCCCCCCAACUUCAGGCAGUUUUCUGGGAGGCUCAGGUGUACUGAAUUCAAGAUCUCUAUUUUCACCACAAAGUUUUGACAAAAGUACCGUAUCUGGUAGCCCUUUUACAUCCACAAACAUAGCAAAUAGUUCUGAAAGCUUGUUUAGAAACUCUGGUUCUCGUCCAUCAGAUUCAUUUGUUUCUUCAACGAAAGGUGUGGACCACAGUCAAAAAUCAAUAACUAGCAGUGGCAUGUCUGGCUUACCGUCUAAUAUUCCUGGCUCAAAAAUGUUGCUACAAGAAAGUGGCAAAUUACAGAAUUUAACUGGUCAAAGUGUGCCCCCAAUGUUUGGUAAUGAUAGGAAAUCUUCUCCUCUUGGGCAGCUGAACUCUGAGCAGAAUUUACCCAAGCAAUUUUCCAAUGUACAAAAUAUGGCAAAGGAGUUGGAUAAACUUCUCAAAUCUAUAGAAGAAGAGGGAGGUUUCAAGGAUAUUUGCACAGCUGCUCAUAGAAAUUCUCUUAAAAUUCUAGAGGAAGGCAUGAAUGGUCUCUCUGAAAGGAAUAGAGUGUGGCAGAAUCAUACAGAGGAACAACAUAGAGAGAUCCAACUUCUUCUUGAUAAGACUGUACAAGUUUUGGCAAGGAAAACACACAUGGAAGGUGUCGUGAGGCAGACUACUGAUGGACAAUAUUGGGAUUUAUGGAAUCGUCAAAAGUUAAAUUCAGAACUUGAUCAAAAGCGACUAAACGUGUUAAAUCGGAGUCAGGAUCUGACUAACCGGAUGAUCGAACUAGAAAGGCAUUUCAACAAUCUUGAGCUGAACCUGUUUGGUAAAAGCAGUGGGGAAAACUUGGUUUCUCGAGCUCUCAAUUCCAGAUCUGCGUCAUCAAGGCACAACCAGUCAUUGCAUGCUAUUCAUAAUGCAGCAAUUUCACAGCUAGCUGCUGCAAAUCAACUUUCUGACUCUCUGUCCAAACAAAUGGCUGUACUGAGCAUCAAAUCACCUCCUACAAAACAAGCUACUGUGAAACAGCAAGUGUUUGAGUCUAUUGGAAUACCUUACCCUGAUGGUCCUCUUCGUUCUCCUAGCACAGUAAAGGUGAUGAAUUCUCCUUCAAACAGGCAUCCAUUGGUUUUGUGCUCGGGUGAAACUCGUAAUGAUUCUAAAAGGAUCCAAUUGACGGGUGUAAGCAAUCCUGAGCCUGAAACUGCGAGGAGAAGGAGGGACUCGCUAGAUAGGAAUUGGGCAAACUUUGAGGUUGCUAAAACAACAGUAAAAAGGAUGGUGGUACAGAAUGAGCGCCAGAAGGUUGGAGGUUUGUUUUCUUCAAUGGAUAAGCAAUUUGCUAGUCCUGGCAAAAUGGAAGGGUCAGUAGCCAAUCAUUCCAAGGUUCUUUCUGUGCAAGAUAGAAAUGGACGCAAUGACACAUCACAAAAGCUCAGCGCUGAUACAGCGGCCGUAUCCAAAUUCAAGUGGACUGGAAGCAUCCCUGGACUGUCAGAGGCUGAAACUGAGCAGCCUCUCAGAUGGCAGUUUAAUCAAGGAGAUAGUAUUAAGGCUACCCAAAACAUUUCUUCAUCUUCAUCAUUAUUAUCACCAUUUGUUGAUCCAAAUUCAAAUAAAGGAAAUAUUCAUUCCACUGCAGAAAGACCAGGGUGUCAGAUAGGGAGUAUUGACAGGUCUGGUACUUCUGCAGCUGACACAGUGCCGUCUUUGUUACAGUUUGGCAAAGAAGAAUCACUCAUCCAAAAGAAUCAUUCACAACCAUUCUCCUUCUCAAUAAAAGGUGGUGAAAUACCAACUUUUGGUAAAAAGGAGACUGAAACAACAAAGCCUGUUGGUGAUCAAAGCUUUGUUUCGACUAGUAAGCAAGAUGUUGGAGCCUCACCUUCAUCAGUCUUUCCACCAGUCAACUUUUCUUCAAUACCUAAUCUGAGUAUGCAGACCUUACCAACUACAUCUGUGGUUAGAUCUACAACCAAUACAGAGAUGGCCAAGGAUAACAAGGAAGGCUUACAAUUCUCCUCUUCAGCCUUUUCUGUAUCUUCCUCUCUUGCAGCAUCUUCGUCCUCGUCUACCUCCAGCCAUUUUAAGGAGGUUUCACGAUUCCCGACAUCACCAAUUUCGGUUUCUACUCCACAAGAAGCUCCUGUGAUUUCUCCGUCUUCCAAAAGUACAGAAGUGGUAGAUUCUGAUUCUACUGGACCUUCUAUGAAUUUAGCCGACAAGCUUUCAAAGGUAGGGCCUCAAGUUGCUGCGAAGAAAGAAAGUGCAGCUAAUAAUCUGGCUGCAACUCCACAGUCUCCUGAAAAGUUGGCCUCUACAACCAGUGGCAGCUCAAAUUUUUUGAAUUUGAUGCCAUCUGUUACUUCAGCUGAAGUCCCAAAAGCACUUGCCUCAAGCCCUGAUAUGAACAAAAUUGCAACACAUGUAUCUAAUAUGGUAUCAAAUACUCCAGAAAAGCAAUCUGCAGCAGUCACACCAUCCCCAACAUCUCCUGAAGUUGGAGGUACAGCUGGUGGAAAGAGUGAUAUUGAUGCUACUGUUGCCCAAGAAGAUGAAAUGGAGGAAGUAGCACCUGAGACAAAUCAAACUGCAGAGCUUUCUCUGGGAAGCCUGGCUGGAUUUGGUUUAGGAUCAGCACCCAAUGCUACAACUCCCAAAUCUAAUCCAUUUGGCGGUCCAAUUACUAGUGCACCACAAACUAUGUCGAGUUCAAUAUCUCUAAAUGUUCCUUCUGGAGAGUUGUUCCGCCCUGCAUCUUUUAGUUUUCAAUCUCUGCAGGCUUCCCAACCCUCACAGUCCUCAAAUACAGGAGCUUCUUUUGGUGCAUUUGGUUUUGCGAAUCCACUUCAGCAGGUUUCCUCGGGAAGUGGGUUUGGUCAGCCAUCACAGAUUGGCUCAGGACAACAGGCUUUGGGGUCGGUUCUUGGUUCAUUUGGACAAUCAAGGCAACUUGGUGCUGGCUUACCUGGCAGUGGUUUCGGAAUUCCUCAAUCUCCAGCUGGUGGUUUUCAAAAUACAGCCACAGUUGGUGGAUUUGCAGGCAUUAGUUCUGUGGCCAGUGGCUUUGGUGGCGGUUUUGCUAAUGCAGCUACUAUUGGGGGCGGAUUUGCUGCCGCAGCCCCUAGUGGAGGUGGAUUUGCUGCUGCAGCUCCUAGUGGAGGAGGAUUUGCGGCUGCUGCUCCAAGCGGAGGAGGUUUUGCAGCUGCGGCCCCAAGCGGAGGUGGGUUUGCUGGUGCUGCGGGUGGGGCUGGUGGAUUUGGUGCUUUCGGUAAACCAGUGAAUACUGGAUUUUCUGCGUUUGGUAGCAGUGUUGGAGGAAGACCUGCACCACCAGAGUUAUUUACGCAAAUGAGAAAAUAGUUCGCAAGAAUGGAAACAGUGGUAGACCUCUGAAGCUGAUUUGUGAGCGGCUGAGCCCGUGUAUAUUCAGAGUUCCUCAUGAGGAUAUUACCUUUUUUGUGAUCCUACUGUUUACUGUAGGCUUUUGUUAUAGUGAUUAAAAAAGGUUGCAUGUAAUUUGGAACAAGUGAAUGUGCUUAUUGCCAGCAAAGCAAUAUCAAGCAGUCAUUAUAUCAAGCAGUCAUUUAAUUAAAAUUAACUUCUUGUCCUUGUACUUUC